CUUCCCUGGGCGUACCUUCUCUAGGGGAAUUCUCACUGACAAUUCUGGGGAAAUGUAUUGCGGCAUGGUGGUCACAGCCACCAACAAAUAUAAAUUAUCCUCCACCACCAGCACCACUAAAACUAACUAAAACUAUAAUUAUCACCAUGUACAAUCCGUACCAAACCCCACAACAGCAACAACAGCUGUUUGGGUUUACGGCCCAACCCACAGGAUAUGCCCUGAAUUUUUCUCAACCUUCUACGACUCCUCAGUAUCAACCUAACCAAUAUUAUCAACCCCCCUUACAAACUCAGUCAACGGGAUAUUAUCCACCUCCACCUCAAGUCAAUCAAUUCAAUUCUUUCCCAAAUCAAUCUCAACCUACAGGAUUCGGUGGAGCUCCAUCAUCAAUUGGUGUGGCUACUCCAUUGGCUCCUCAACAAACUGGGUAUAUUCAAACUCAACCAACAGGAUUUGGUAAUUCUGCUCCUACUGUUGUUGAAAAUACUGAAUUGAAAAUCCCAAGUAUUAGAUUAUCAUUUAUUAGUAUUGAUGAUCAAAAGAAAUUUGAACACUUAUUUAGAGCUGCUGUUCCAAAAGGUGAUCAAACUAUAAGUGGAGAUGCUGCUAGUUCAAUUUUAUUAAGAUCUGGUUUACCUCCAGUAACUUUAGCAGAAAUUUGGUCAUUAUCAGAUACAAAUAAAACUGGUUCAUUACUCUUUCCUGAAUUUGCUUUAAGUUUACAUUUAUGUAGUAUGGCAAAACGUGGUGAAUCAUUACCAGGUUUAUUACCUGAAAAAUGGUCAAAUGAAGUUAAAUCAUUUGUUGAUGCAAUAAAUUUUUCAGUUCCUGAAGAUCCUUCAAAAAUAUUAGCUAAUACUCCAUUUGCAAGUUUUGCUCCUCCAAAACCUGAUGAUUGGAUGAAUUCUUUAGCUCCAUCUCAAACUACUUCUUUUCAACCUCAACCAACAGGUUCAAUUCCUCCAACAUCUUUUGGUAUUAAUCCAUUAACUUCUCAAAGAACUGGUGGUGGAACUCUUAUUCCUUUACAACCUCAACAAACGGCCGGUUUAAUUCCUGCUCAAAAGACCGGUCCAAUAAAUUUACAAUCUCAACUGACAGGAUUCCAAAAUCAAUUCCAACAACCUCCUUCUUUGUCUGCUCAAAGAACUGGUCCUUUACAACCUCAAGGUACGGGUUAUCAACCUCAACCUCAACCUCAACCAACUAGUUUCCAACCUCAAGCAACCGGAUUCCAACCUCAAGCAACUGGAUUCCAACCUCAACCAACAGGAUUCCAACCUCAACCAACUGGUCAAUUAGUUGCUCAACCUACCGGAAAACCAGGACAAUGGGGAUUUGUAUCUAUGCCAACCGGAGGAAUUCCUGGAUUGAAUGCAAUGGAACAACACUUUUUACCUAAUAAUCAAUUAUCAAGUAAUAAUUUACAAAAUGUUAUGGGAGGAUCAUUAAAAUCCAAUGUUACUUGGGCAAUUACUAAACAAGAAAAGCAAAUUUAUGAUGGAAUCUUUCAAGCAUGGGAUUCUUCAAGAAGAGGAUAUAUUGAAGGUAAUGUUGCUUUAGAUAUUUUUGGUAAAUCAGGUUUAAGUAGACCUGAUCUUGAAAGUAUUUGGACUUUGGCUGAUACAAGUGAUAGAGGUAGAUUAAAUAAAGAUGAAUUUGCUGUUGCAAUGCAUCUUGUUUAUAGAAGAUUAAAUGGAUUUGAUCUUCCCUUAAGAUUACCACCAGAAUUAAUUCCUCCUUCUAAUAAAUACUUACAAGAUUCAAUGGAUACACUUAAGAAUUCAUUAAAGGGUGGAAUUAAUUCUCGUGCUAAUACUUCUAAUAGUUCCAAACAAACUAAACCUGAUGGUUCAAGAUAUAAGAAUGAUGAUGGGGAUUUUCAAUAUGUAUCUAAUUCUCGUCAUAGAAGAAGAACUGAUGAUGAUUCAUCUCAAAUUUCUGGUGGUGGUAGUAGUAGUAGUAUUAAAACAUCUUCAAGUACUGAUUUAUCAGUUGAAGAAUUACGGAAACUUAUUCGAGAAAAGAAAAUCUUAUUGGCAGCAGUUGAUGCUGAAGAUCAAGAUUCAUCAAUUACUCGAAAGAGAGAAGAUUCUCAUAAUUUAGAAGCUAUAGAAGCAUUAAAACAACAAAUUAGAAUUACUCAACAAAAAUUAAUUGAUGGAGGUUUAACUAAUGGGAAUGGAUCCAUAGAUUCUCAAAAGAGUUUACUUGAUAAAUUAAAUUCAUUAACUCGUGAUCGAGUUCCAUUAUUAAUUUCUAGUAUUAAUAAUGUUAAUCAAGACAUUUCAAAGGCAAAAGUUGAAUUAUUUAAACUUUCAUUAUCUAAGGCUAAUCCUAAUUGGGUUCCAGGAAAUGAUGAAUCAUCAAUUGUUGGUACUGGACCUAAUGGUCAAGUGACUGAAUUAGAUCGUAAGAAAUUCCAUUCUAAACAAUUAUUACAACAAAGAAUUGCUGCUUUAACUGGGAAAUCUUCAAAUUCAGGAACUAAUACUGAUUUAGAUUUACAAUUAAAACAAGAAACUGAACGAGUUUAUGGAGAAAUUGAAAGUCAAACUUCAAUGAUUAAAGAUAUAGAAAAUAGUAUUAAAGAAUUAGAAGAAGAAAGUGCCGUACAUUUACAAACCACCAGUAAAGAAGAAAUUGGAUCAGAUAAAUGGGAAAGAGGUGAAGGUGUUAGUGUAGUAGUUGGAGGAUUUAUUAGAGAUUUGAAUCGAAUUGGUACUAGUACUACAAGUAGUAAUGGUACUAAAUCAAGUUCAAUAUCAGCACCAACAACAACACCAUCAGCACCAACAAGUACAUCUACUAGUUCUACACCUAUUACAAAGUAUUCAUCAUCAGAAGAACGUAGUGCUUACAUUAAAGCUCAAGCAGAAAAGAGAAUGAAUGAAAGAUUGGCUAAACUUGGAAUUUCAAGACUGAAAGAACCAGUUAAGGCUGAAGAGCCAGCUAAGGUUGAAGAGCCAGUUAAAAAGCAAGUAGUAGAAGCUGUCCCAGUUAGUGUUUCAGCUCCUGCAGCUCCAACAAAAGCUGAAGAAUCAUCUGAUGAUGAUGAUGAAGAGUACCAAGCUUUAUUAAAGCAAAAGCAAGAAUUAGAAGCUCGUGAAAGAGAGAGGAAACUCAAAAAGAAGCAACAAAAAGAGGAUCGAUUAGCCAAGAUUAGACAAGAAAUGGCAGCUAUCGAAAAGAAUAAUGACCAAGAAGAAUCAGACGAAGAACCAGUAACUUCAGUUCCAACUUAUGGACCAUCGAGUCAAAAGAAGGAAACUAAACCAGUAGUUGAAGUACCGGUAGAACCUGUUAAAGUAGAAGAAAAACCAGUCAGUGAAACACUUCCAAAACCUCAUGAUAAUAAUCCAUUUGCUAAGAUGGGAGGUUCAGCUGCCAAUUCUAAUCCAUUCUUUAAACCUACUCAAAAGGAAAGUCAAAUUGAUCCUAAAGAAGCUGAAAAACAACGAGCUGCUCAACGAGGUUUGGCUUCAAGUGGUUGGAGUGAUGAUGAAGAUAGUGAUAGUGAAGAUGAUUCACCUAAUCGAGCAGGAGCUGCUAAAUUAGCUAGUCUUUUAUUUGGAGGUAUGCCAGCUCCACCUUCAAGAUCAAAGGAGGGAACUCCUAAAGUUGAAAAGUCCGAGAGUCAAACAUUUGCUCCUUCGAAAUCUUCUUCAACUGAUGAUGAAUUUGUAACUCCUGAUCCGGAACUGGUUGAGACUGUGACUGAGUCGAAACCAGCUUCAAUUCCUCCGGUUCCAACUAUGGCACCUCCAGGAUUAGAUAAUGGAUUUAGUGCUUCUGAUCCACAAGCUCAAGCAGAGCCUGCUGCAGUUGAUGCACCUCCAUUACCAUCUUUAGCUCCACCUCCACCGCCACCACCACCAGCAUUUGAAGCUCCACCACCACCACCAGCAUCUUAUGAUGCUCCACCACCACCUCCUCCUCCAGCAGGUGUCCCACCUCCACCACCACCUCCUCCACCAUCAUUUGGCGCACCUCCAAUUCCGGCAGGAGGUCCACCACCUCCACCUCCACCUCCAGCACCUCCAUCAAAUGGUACUUCUGUUGCUCCUCCAGCUCCAACUGGAGCUCCAGAUAUAUCUGCGUUACUUGGACAAAUAACUGGAGGUAAAUCCUUACGGAGAGUAGACCCCAGUGAACAAAAAAUCGUGGUAGGAACCGUGGGGAAAGUAUUGUAG